UCCUUUGCUCUCUCACCUCCCUCUUUCUCUCUUUUCUCUAAGCGAUGCAAAAAGAAAGAGGUGUUAUUAUUAUCAUUACUAUUCUUGAUCGUGCACUUUUUCUCCCAAGCUCAUCAAAUGCGUUGCUUCACGGAUGUGAAGCAGGUUACUUCUAUGGUAUGACAUGGAGGGUGAUGAUGGUAUAAUGCAAUACAAAAACUAUCUUAUCCACCCAAUAUUCUAUGCAGGAAGACUUACUUGCUGUCUUGCUUGUAUUUGCCUUGUCAUUUAAAAAAUGAUAAGCAGCUAAGCAGAGCUGCAACUGCCCAUCCAUCUCUUUCUUUCUCUCUCUCUAUCCAUUCUCUGUUCCCAUAUUAAAAUUCUCACACAAAAAAACACAUCUAGUUGCCUCCAGUAAGUCUAUAUAUAUAUAUAUGUACCAGAACUACAACACAGCAUUGAGCAACCAAAACAAGACCAUAUUCUUACUCUUCAAUGGCAUCUUCAAACUCCUCUUUCUUCCUCUUCAUUACCACCCUUACAGCUCUGCUUCUACCUAGUCCUCUUCUUGCAGCAAACUCCAAGCUCUUUAGAGAGUACAUUGGGGCCGAGUUUACCGGCGUUAAGUUCUCCGAUGUCCCCAUUAACCCCAGUGUAAGCUUCCACUUCAUCCUCGCCUUCGCCAUCGACUACACCACCUCGAGCCCCCACAACCCCACCAACGGCCGCUUCAACAUCUUCUGGGACAGCAGUAACCUCUCCCCAGCCCAAGUAGCAGCAAUAAAGAAAAGUCAUGGCAACGUAAGAGUCGCGCUUAGCCUCGGAGGCGACAGUGUCGGCGGUAGCCCCGCCUACUUCACCGCAUCCUCUGUAGAUUCCUGGGUAAACAAUGCAGUCUCCUCUUUAACAACAAUCAUCAAACAAUAUAAUCUCGACGGAAUUGACAUAGACUAUGAGCACUUCAAAGCUGAUCCGAAUACAUUCACGGAAUGUAUCGGGCAAUUGCUAACAAAACUAAGGCAAAACGGAGUAAUAAAAUUUGCUUCUAUAGCUCCUUUUGAUGAUAGCCAAGUCCAAAGCCAUUACCUAGCACUGUGGAAGAAAUAUGGGCACCUCAUAGACUAUGUGAACUUCCAAUUCUAUGCGUACGAUAAAAGCACGACAGUUUCGCAGUUUUUGAGCUACUUUGAGAAGCAGAGCUCAAACUAUAAUGGAGGAAAGGUGUUGGUAAGCUUUGCUUCUGAUGGGAGUGGGGGUUUAACCCCGGAUAAAGGGUUCUUCACUGCUUGUGAUACUCUGAAGAAGCAAGGGAAGCUGCAUGGUAUCUUCGUUUGGUCCGCGGACGAUUCGAAGAAAAUUGGCUUCCGCUAUGAGAAGCAGGCUCAGAGCUUGUUGGCAAGUGCUAAGAGCUCGUUGGCGAGUACUAAAGUGCUUGUUGAUCUUAUGUAGCUUCAAGGUACCAAGAGAUGAGUAAGAUGUUGUUAGUAAGCAGAUGUUGAACUAUGUUGAGAUGAAUAAAAAAUCUUCUAGCUUGUUGUUUCUUUAUGUAUGAGAUAUGAAUAAAAAUCUUCUAGCUUGUCGUUUCUCUA